AUGUCGUCAUCAUCGCAGUCAUCCUCGUCUUUACCUGUAUGUAGCGGUACUGCUCCUGUACUGGCUUUCGAUCUUCAGGAAAAGUUUCUUCUUCCUCAUGCUACUGAGGGAAGUACCUAUGUGCCACCUGGAGAGGCAGAAAAACUCUGUUCACCAGUUCAGCUGUAUGAAAAGGAUUAUCACAGAACUACAAAAGCCAUCCAAGAUGGAAAAUAUUUUACUGAUCUAAGCAAAGAAUCUGACAGUCUAGAACACCAAUUAAACAGUAAAAACAUUGACACUUUGAUGCAGAAGUUAAGUGAAAAUGAAACCCAAAAUACUAAUCUCAGGAGAAAAAUACUUGAAAGGGAGAAACAUGUUAAAGAACUUUUAUCCAGGCUUCAGCUUGAAAAAGUCAAUGUACAGAAAGAAGACCACCUGUCAAGAUCAGUAAAGGCAGUACAAGCUCACCUGCAAUGUCAGAUUCAAAGAAAAGAAGUGGAAAAUGAUGAGUUAAAAGUGAAAAUACAGACUCUAGAAAAGAAAAUAGCAGAGUGGAAACAUCAAGUUGGUGAAUACAAGCACCAGAUGUUAGCCUUAAAGGAAACAAGUGAGCAAAAGAAGACUGCUCUGAAAAAAGUAAUGAGGUCCCAGAAACAAAGAGCACAACACUUUGAAGCAGCAGUGGAAAAUUUAACCUCCAGAAUAAGAGAAUGUGAAGUCGAACUGUCUGAGAUACUGUCAGCUUCUGAUGUCUGGAAAAACCAGCAUGAUAGAAUGGUUGAAGAAAAGACAACAUUAGAAAUUCAAACAGAAGAUCUUAAGAAGCAGAUCACAAGCCUUUUGGAAGACCUGAAAAGAAAGGAGGAAUGGAGAAGAAACUCAGAUGAGGAGAUUCUUGGAAAGCUAAAUUCUGUUAAGUCUGAAAAUGAAAAGAUUUACCUUGAAAAUGAAAAACUAAAGGCUUCCCUUGCUACAUUAGAAAACAGUACCAUUUCUGUUGAAAAUGAGCUGCGAAAUCUGCAAGAAAAGGCAAAGCUGCAGGAAAACCUUGUUGAACAGUAUAAAAAUCAGGUACAAAAAUUACAAACAGCAGUAGAAGAAUUGAAAUCCAGAUAUGAAACAGUCUUAAAUGAAAACAACAGAAUGACAGAAAACAAAUGCUUAGAAGUAGAUAAGGUGAGGGACAAAACAGAGGCUGAGUUAAAGGAGUUAGAACAUGUUUGUGACUUGCUGAAAGCAGCAGGAUAUCAGGAAAAGCUUAUGUCCUGGGAAAGGAUCCAUGCACAGAAAUGCAAAACCCUUAGGGAGCUGCAGGUUCAGGAGGAAGACAGUGUAACUUCUGUGGGUAGUCAUUCCUUAGAAGAAGAAAACUGUAACAUUCAGAAGAAAUAUGAAGAUCUUAAAAGGCAAUUAGAAAAGAUGCAAUUUCAAAAUGAAGAACUUGCUUGUCAACUCAAAAAAGAAGAUGAGAGUCUUCAGUGCAGUAAAUUGCAGCUUGAAGAGAAAAUUGCAGAAUAUAAUGGAUUAACCAGACAACUGGAAUCUGCUUUGGAAGAAGGGAGAAAAAUGGUAGCUGAAGAACUGGAAAAAAUGUCAUACAAAGAACAAGCCCUUCAGACAAAAAUGCUAGCACUUGAAACUGAAGUGAGAGAGGGGCAAGAAGAGAAAAAACAACUCCUCUGCAUAUUUCACCAUAACGAAAAGCACCAUGCAGUACGUUUGAAAGAGCUGGAGAACAGCCUUCAAAAGUCAGAGAACAAGAACCAGAGCAUCCAGAAUUAUGUCCAGUUUUUGAAAGCUGCAUACGUAACAAUGUUUGGCUGA